AUGUGGCGCUGCCCAGCGGGACUUCAGCCCACCCCGACCCGCUCCCACCGGCUACCGGCCCUCCAUGCUGCCGUCCCGCGGCCUGAGGACCGACUAGCACGUGGAGCAGAUCCAGAGCAAAGGCUGUGCAGUCUGGGUCACAGUAGGUUCAGGCAGCCUCUGAAGGCCGUUGGCUGGUAUGUGGUCUGGCAGCUCUUCCUGUCCAAGUUCAAGUUCCUGCUGAGCGUCCCGCCGGCGCCACGCGGGGCCGAAGCCGCACCGCUCGUCACCGGCCAGACGCCGCCUCCUAGCCGCCAUGUUGCGAGCCGUGGCCGCACUCGGACUCCCGCCGCUGUGAGAAGGAAGGCCUCCUCGCUCUGCGUUCAGGCGCCUCCAGGAGGAACCGGACUGAAGCCACUUCCUGGACCAGACUGUCAGAGGAGGCCCGACCCCGAAAGCCGGGCCUGGGACCUGAAUCCGGGCCUCCUGUGGCCCUGA